UGGGGUGGGUGUAGAAGGAGCGGGGAUAAAUAGCAGGCUCCCCACUCCUGGCGAUUCUCCCCAGCUGUCCGCUGCCGCCCCGGUGGUUCCCUGCCCUGUCGCAGGGGUGCCAGCCAGAGGAGUAGUUUCGCUUCCUCCAAGCGCCGGGAUUCCUUUCCAGGCACCCCGUGGGAAAGGGGCGCAGGAAGGGCAGGAAGACGCGUCCCGGGGGCUGUCCGGCGGCUCAGACCAGGGUGGAUGGAUCGGACUUUCGCUGGCAGAGGCGCCAGCUCCCUGCCCCUGCUGCUGGCCCUCGCCCUGGGUCUCAUGAUCCUCCACUGUGUUGUGGCAGAUGGGAACUCAACCAGGAGUCCAGAAACUGAAGAUCCGCUCUGUGGAGACCCUGGAAAAAAUUGUGCAGUCACCAUCACGCAGCCAAGACGAAGAGGUCACUUCUCUCGGUGCCCCAAGCAAUACAAGCAUUACUGCAUCAAAGGGAGAUGCAGGUUCGUGGUGGCCGAGCAGGUGCCCUCCUGUGUCUGCGAUGAAGGCUACACGGGAUCACGAUGCGAGAGAGUUGAUGUGUUUUACCUAAAAGGAGAUAGAGUGCAGAUUCUGGUGAUUUGUUUGAUAGCAGUUAUGGUCAUUUUUACCAUCCUGGUGGUUGGUGUCUGCACCUGCUGUCAUCCUCUUCGGAAACACCGUAAAAGAAAGAAGAAUGAAGAAGAAAUGGACGCUCUGGGUAAAGAUGUAACUCCUAUCAGUGAAGAUAUUCAAGAGACGAGUAUUGUUUAACGAGGCUUUGAAGGAACCUCGAGGAAGACGGGCAGCUGAAGAAAGACUUCGCUCACUUGAAAAUGAGCUGAAUGUGUCUCAGGAAAACCGCUAACAGAAAUUAAUUUUAAAUUAUAUUUGUAGCUUUAGUUUGUGUUGUUACGACUAUAAUUAUUAUCAUUGCUCUUACUGUUAGCAUUAUUUAGUAAUCGAGGAAAAAAAGCACCUGGCAAGGUAGCAAUAAGUUCUUAAGUUUCUUAAGAAGGGGAAUUUAUGAAUUUCCAAUUCAGUUCUCUCACCAAAUUUACUCGUCAAACCAAAACUAAAGUAGGAAGGAGGUUCAGUUGAGUUGAGUUGAUGGUAAAACUAGUACUUAUGGAGUACUUACCAUGGGCUAGGAUCCUCUGAGAGCCUGCUACAAGGUUAACAGCUCAAACCCACCCAGAGGAAGAAAGACUGAUGAAAGAUGAGUCAUGGACACACUACGAAGAUCGGUGCUAUUUUGGAACACAUGGGUUACCCUGAGUCAGACUCUCUGAACAGCAACUAGUUUGCUUUAUUUGGUUACCAAAUUUAUUUGCUAAGAAUUUGGAAUGUAUUAAUUUGGUAUUGUGAACAACCUGUGAGAUUUUUGAUCAAAUUAAGUCCCUCAUUUCUCACAUAUGGAACAUUAAUAAUCAAAUUCAAAUUUAGUGUUAGGAAAUGGUAGAGGUAGAAAUGGAGCCAAGAUGUGCCCAAGCUGCGUGCUUAGCCAUCACCAUAAUGAAUGGAAUUCGUGCCUCCUGGAUCAACAAUGUAACUUAAUAUUUUACACCGACCAGCGCGUUGCCAUGCCAUCUGACAUGCUGGGCCAUUGUCUUGCAGAAAACAAGGCAGGAGGCAGAGUCCUGGGCCAUGCUUCUGUUACCAUCAUGCUUUCAUUGGAGUUGACUUCUGUUUUGUUUCUUUGCUCCCAUCUACAUUAUCAGGGACAUGAAAAAAUGUUUAUGUUAUCAAUCCCAACAGAUUUGCCCCACAGCUGUCACGGUUGUUAGGUGGGGUCCGGCAGAUGUCACUCAUAGUGGCCGUAUGUAAAACAGAGUGAAACGCUGCUGGUCCUGUGCCAUCUCCACCGUUAUGGCCCUCCCUGCCUGCGCCCAUCGGUACAGCCACUGGGGUAAUUCGGCUUUCUGAGGGCCUCUCUUUUUUUAUCCAUUGACCCCAUACUUUACCAAGCAUGAGGCCCAGGGUGAUGCAAUAAAGCAUGAGAAGCAAAUGG